GAAACGGCGUACAUGGGAGGUGGUGGAAAAGGACCAGAGACGUACACAGAGAACGGGAGGACCUGGGUCAACGAGAUCAUGACGUGGUCGUCCCGACGAGAAGGCCUCGUCAUUCAACGAGCCCCGCCACGCCUGCGUUCCUACAAACUCCGUCUAGCUCGACAGCGGCAGUCUCGUUCCGUCACAACUCCCCCGCCGUCGCUGCCCGGCCCCCGUAACUCCAUGUCAUUGUUGACGAGCCUGCGCCAGGAGGAACCGCCGCCGGAGGCGGAAUAUAUGUUCUCUCCCAAGCACCGUCAUUAGGGCCAGUACUGAGACCGUCACCAUGAGCUCCACCGGUCACGAC